UUCGCUGUUUCUUAUGCUGUUAGCAGGUGUUUCUGUAGCUCUGUCCAAGCAGUGCAGGAUGGGUCUGUGCUGAUUUUACCUGUCUUUUCUUUAUUAAUCAAGGGGACAGAGUAUGUGGCUAUUGAACGGGUUUGGCAGAGGAUAAAACUAAGCUGUCUGGGAAGAGUGUUUCUUCUAAGCCCGCUGAAAAAUUGACUUCAUCGCAGAGAAGGAUUGGAGAAGAGAAAUUAUGUUUGGCUUUCACAAGAAUGGGUGGUUGGUGAAUAAAUGAAUACAUAUGAGAUAAGGACAGAAAAGGUGCUAUUAGAAAAAUGCUGGAUGCUAUCUUCUAUUAGGUGAGAAAAGGGGAUGUGCUCAUCCAGCUGGCCUGGCAGUGUCACCUGUAUGAACACAACAGUCCAGGGAAAAUAUACCUGCUUGUACCUUUGAGCCCUGUGGCCCUACAGCUACUAACCUGGGUAGUCAGGAAAAGUACCUCCCCAUGGAGAACUGCUUGCAAAAGUCUUGAGGAGGGACCAGGGUUAGACUACAUGUUCCUUUGCCAUCUUACUGCAGCACCUGUGAGAUGUGGGACUACUUCUUGCUGCUACCUGGUGGGUGAACAUCAUCACCCCCUUGCUCUUGUGAUUUGCAGUUUUGCCUGACAGUCCUGGUUUGCAGCAGAGCAAGCAGGCACUGCAGAGUUUUGUGGGAGUUCUGUAAAAGUUGAAGAGCUCAGCACCUGGCUUCCAAAGCAAACACUAGGACUUUACUCUCACUUUCUGCUCCUGCCUUUAAUAAUGAGUUGCAAGGAGGAAGCUGGGGAAGCUGUGACAGGGAUUGCUUUGGGGCCAAACCCAGCUUCUCGCUGAGAGCAGCGGUUCCAGAGCUGCUACCCCUCCGAGCCAGGGCUGCCGGCGCCACCUGGUGACAACCUCAGCCCAGUCCCGCACAGCUUUCUAUUCUUCGACCCUUCCCGAGAAGUUCAGACCUUCCUCCGUCGCAGACGGUCUGUCCGACUGUGCCCACCGUGUGCCCGCUCCGGUGGCGUUCGCUCGGGUACCCGCUGUGCUUCCCGGUCGGAGCCCAUCUAUGCUGCAGGUGGCCCGAGGGGUCCGAUUGAAUCCCAGCCACCCCCUCCUCCCUGCAGCUCUGGCACUGUCUCCUGGCAGCCUCCUGUUGCCACAGCCCCACCGGGGUCUGUCAUCUCAGUUAGGAGCAGGGCCAUGUCACUGUAGGGCUGACGGUGGUUUUUAUGGUGGUUGGUGCCACCCUCCCAUACGUAUCACCAGCUGAGCUGGUAUAAAACAGAGUGUGUGCGCUCUCUGUGGGAUGCUGGUCAUGCACCCUCUCCCAGGCAGCCGAGGCAGACGUGCUGUUUGGCACUGACUGAUUCCCUCUCUGCUAGCUCACAGCUCCAGCUGAUAAGCACUUCUGCUGCCAGUAAAUAGCUAUGAGUUCUUCUCACCUGAGCAACAGAGUUGAGAGCCGCUUUCGAUCUCCAGAGGAGUAUGAACUGGAGGCUGUGGGGAAGAAAGCCUGGGAUAAUCCUGUCUACAAUGGCUCGCCCUCUACCUCCUUGAAGAUUCGAGCCAUCUACAAUCCCAAAUCAAUUCUGGAGAAUCCCUAUGAGAGUUUUGAAGAGGCGAGGGAUCCGGUGCCAUACCAGGAGGAACAGAACAAAACUAUGGAGGGGAAGACAAGUUCUUUCCUCAAGUGCUGCUUCUACAUCCUCAGAGGCAUCCGAGGUCUGUGGGGCACUACGCUAACUGAGAAUACAGCUGAAAACAGAGAACUUUAUGUGAAGACUACUCUACGAGAGCUCCUAGUCUACAUUGUGUUCUUGGUGGACAUAUGUCUGCUGACAUAUGGUAUGACAAGUUCCAGUGCCUAUUACUACACAAAAGUGAUGUCUGAGCUAUUCCUGCAGACCUCUUCGGACAACCGUGUCUCCUUCCAGUCCAUUGGCAGCAUGGCUGACUUCUGGGUGUAUGCACAAGGUCCUCUUCUGGAUAAUCUUUACUGGACAAAGUGGUACAACAAUGAAUCCCUAGCGGCGCACAACUCUCAGUCAUACAUCUAUUACGAGAACCUGCUACUGGGUGUCCCACGCAUGCGACAGCUGAAGGUGAAGAACAACUCCUGUGUGGUUCAUGAUGACUUCAAAGAGGAGAUCUCAGGCUGCUAUGAUGUAUACUCAGAAGACAAAGAGGAAAAAGUCUCCUUUGGACUCAUCAAUGGAACAGCGUGGAGGUACCAUUCUGAGGAAGAGCUGGGUGGCUCAUCUCACUGGGGAAGACUAACCAGUUACAGUGGGGGAGGAUACUACAUAGACCUCAAGUUGACCAGAGAAGAGAGUGCUGAAGCCCUGCAAGUCUUGAAGGAGAAAUUAUGGUUGGAUCGGGGGACACGAGUUGUCUUCAUUGAUUUCUCAGUGUAUAAUGCAAAUAUCAAUCUGUUCUGUGUUCUGAGGUUAGUGGUGGAGUUUCCAGCCACUGGUGGUGCCAUUCCCUCCUGGCAAAUCCGGACAGUCAAGCUUAUACGAUAUGUCAGUGCAUGGGAUUUCUUCAUUGUUGCCUGUGAAAUUAUUUUCUGUGUCUUCAUCUUCUACUAUGUGGUGGAGGAGAUUUUGGAGCUGCGUAUCCACAGGCUUCAGUACUUUACCAGCAUAUGGAACAUCUUGGAUGUGGUUGUCAUUCUGCUCUCCAUUGUUGCUAUUGGAUUUCACAUCUUUCGUACCAUAGAGGUGAACAGACUGUUGGGGGAGCUGCUGAAACAUCCUGAAACCUACGCGGACUUUGAGUUCCUAGCAUUCUGGCAGACUCAGUACAAUAAUAUGAAUGCAGUCAACUUAUUCUUCGCCUGGAUCAAGAUAUUCAAGUAUAUUAGCUUUAACAAAACAAUGACUCAGCUGUCCUCCACGUUGGCACGUUGUGCCAAGGACAUUCUGGGCUUUGCCAUUAUGUUCUUUAUUGUCUUCUUUGCUUAUGCCCAGUUGGGUUACCUUCUUUUUGGGACACAAGUGGAAAACUUCAGUACCUUUGUUAAAUGCAUCUUCACGCAAUUUCGGAUCAUUCUUGGUGACUUUGACUACAAUUCCAUUGACAAUGCCAACAGGGUCCUUGGGCCUGUUUAUUUCGUCACCUACGUGUUCUUUGUUUUCUUUGUGCUCCUGAACAUGUUUCUGGCCAUCAUCAAUGAUACCUACUCAGAAGUCAAGGAGGAGCUUUCAAGCCAGAAGGAUGAGCUGCAGCUCUCAGACAUCUUGAAGCAGAGCUACAACCGGACGCUUAUGAGGUUGAAGCUGAAAAAGGAACGGAUUUCUGAUGUGCAGAAAGCAUUGCAGAAUGGAACAAAAGAACUGGGCUUUGAGGACUUCAAGAACAGCUUGAAGGAACUGGGCCAUGCGGACCAUGAGAUCACAGCAGCCUUCUCCAGGUUUGACAAAGAUGGCAACCACAUCCUUGAUGAAGAGGAGCAGCAGCAGAUGAAGCAUGACCUAGAGGCAAAAAGGGUUGCUCUGAAUACAGAGAUUGAAAAUUUAGGGAAAUCCUAUGGGGGCAACAACUUGGAUGAGAAUCUGUCCUAUGUGGAAGCAAAGAAUAACCAUGCCAAUAAGGCCAGCUGGGUCUCUGAAGAAGAGUUCCAAGUACUCCUGCAACGUGUGCUGCAUCUGGAACAGUCCAUACACAGCAUUGGCUCCAAGAUUGAUGCAGUGGUAAGCAAGCUAGAAGUGCUGGAGAGAAACAAGCUGAAAACGAAGGAUUUGAUGGGCAAGCCACUGGAUAACAGUAGGAAGGAGGAAGAACCCAGUCAGGAAGAACUGCUCUCCCAGACCCCAGAUCAGCUGAGGAAAGAAGCAGCAGAAGACUGGGGAGUGGAAUAUGUACAGGGAAAUAAUCCAAGUUGCAUAUCUUCUCAGAAUGGGAUCUGUCCAAUCUUGCUCAGGUCAAGUGUACCAGGGUCUCAGGCACCCAAGAACAUCCAGUCACAGUCUGAGUGCUUCUAGCAAACAGCCCAGUGUUCCCAGUCUGGCUUCUACAGUACUAUAUCACUGUUAGUUGUUUUUCCCACUGUUAGAAUAGUCAGAACAGCUGAACGCAGGCACCACUGUUGCCAGAGACUGGUGAUGUGAAAAACUGGGGCUGCUCUUUUCCAGCGUAGUGAUGUGUGAUAUCACAGACCUAGAACUUCUGGCCCCUGUGCCUCUGGACUAGUUAGAAAUUUGGAACCAGGUAUUGCAUUAGGUUUCUGUCUCUGUAUAGGACAACUUAAAAUGCUUUUACCUAUAUUUUCCCAAGAUAUAAAGGCAUCAGAGCUCUGGAAGUACUUGGAUCCAGAAUGGGAAAUUGCAAGUUGUUCCCACAAACAUGCACAUCCCCACAUGCCUGCAUUCUUAAUUGUGGGGAAAAGUUGAGGUCAUCAGAUUAACAAAACAGAAUAUAAUCAUUAGUGUGAGACAGAAGGGAGAAAGUAGUUGUGUCUACAUGGUUACCACUAACUUUGUUCUGUUGUAAUUUGCAUCCAGAACAUUUUGGUAACCCUCUUUGGUUACUAAAGAUUCAGAUGUUGGAAAAAAUAGGACAUAAACACCUCAGUCAAGAUAAUUAAUGAGAGUUUAUUCCCAGUGUACUAGGAGGAGAUCUGAAAUUGAAGCAGCUGUUACUGAUAUUCUGAGGUCUGAAUGUCAGGGAACAGACUUCAGAGUUUCUAACACUGGAUCAGCCCUGCUCUGGCCAGGCUCUAGAGCUGUCACAGCUACACAGUGACAGUGGUAGUGCUGACAAACUGAAGAAGAGGGUCAUUCCUUUGCAAGAUCCCAGCGGGAGCUGUGAGACCCUGUCACACAACCCACAGGGAGCUUAGACUUCAGCUAGGAUCUGCAGGUUCUUGCAUUGUGGUUUCCCAUCAGCUGCUUCUGCUGCUGGGGACAAGACUUCUCUGUGAGAUACUGCCAUGGUUCUUGACUCGAAGUUUUACUUAAUUCAGGAUUGAGAAUAAGCUCUUUGCCUUCAGCUUUUCCAGCUGAACUCAGAACAAUGAUGUUGCUUAUUUCCCCUCUACUCACAGCAUUGAAAACAUUAUCUUAUGCAGGAGAAAAUAGCUUAUGUCAGGGACCUGAGAGCUCAAAUUAAAAUUUUCAUAAACAGGAAAUCCAUAUGCUAAAUUAUAAUCCAGAAAAGAAACUAUGUGCUAGCAGACUUGAAUUGCACACACAGCCCAUUACCAGUGUGAGAACUGAAGCAUGUUAUGGACUAUAGGUAAAAAUGUUUAAUGUUCUGCAUGUCAAGAAGUACAUAAGUUCUUCUGUUAAAUCAUUUGAAAAGACCCUGUUUGAGAUCCUGGCUCAAUAGCAGACCAUUGUUACUGAGGCUUAGCUGCAAAAACAAAAUUACAAGCUUCUCUUUUGAAAUCUGUGGAGGGGAGAGAUGGUGGAAAAUGUGUUGCUGGCUGAGGCUCAGCUCCUCACAACUGCUGUGGGGUAAACAGGAUCCUGAAACAAGGUGCUGCCCAGAGCAGGAAGGUGAGGCCUUGCUUUACAAAGCCUUAGAUCUCACAAAGGAGAGAGCACUGCUUCAUUCUGUCCAGUGGAAAAGGUGGCACAAGCCCUCGUUGUUGGCACUGUUCCAGUUCCCAUCCUGUACCUUCCCUGCUGCGGCAGGGAUGCUUCAGGCACUACAGAGCAGCACGUGGUCCUGCUGUUGCUGCACACCAGGAGCUAGCCUCUGUCUAGCCAUCCUUCCUGCACAGAGACGCCCUGCAUCAGGGAAGGCAGGAGAGGCAAAAGGACAGUGGUGCAGCAGCUGGGCUCAUAACCACACAAUAAUAAUCACAGGCAGGUCACAGGUAACACAGGCUGCUAUUUGGGGCAGUAGGCUACUAGAAGAGCAGAGUGGUCACAUUGCAUGGCUGAGUUUGUUCACACAUAACUCUGGGAAGCCAUCUUUCCCCUCUAAAGAGUAAGCAUAGAGUCUCCACACUCUGAGUAGAGCUUUUGCCCAGCUCUAGCUGGGAUCAGAUAAGAAACACAGGCUGCAGUGGUCUCCUGGGUUUCAGCUAGAGCUCCUUCCCCUCUCACCUGGUGUUUUCUCACAAAGACCACCCCCUAUGCUACAUGCUGUGAUUUCAGUUGUGCCAGUAUCACUAAGUGUGAAACAACUUCUGUCACCAGUAAUGCCUAUGCCUGCAUUGUCUUCUUUCUUGCUUGUACCUCUGCAUGCAACCGUCUUGUCUGUGCCAUGACGUGCUGUCAUGUAAACAAUGUGGCCUAGAGUUAGCAAGGCAGUUACUUGUCUCCAGCAAUUGCUUGUGUAUAAUGUUCAAUUGUGUGUUCAAGCUGGUUGAGAAACAGCAUAAAUACACUGAAUGGUAAGUUUAUGCAAGUGCUAUUUUCAGAUGGAUGUUGUAAGGCCUCCUGGCAGCAACUGGUGUUAUUUAGAUAAUUCGUAUCUCAUGGGGGAAGUAAAGUGGUUUUUCCUCGACAGUGGGAGCAGAGCUGUAUUUUGUUCCAAUUUGGACACUGGCUGAAGUCUGUCAGGAAGCCCCUGCCUUAAAGCAAAUUGCUGUGUGCUGGGGUGGUUAAAGAGCUCACUGAGACAGCAGGGAGAGAAAGCAGUGUCACAGCUAUACUACCAAAGCACUUGUGUGGGGAGACUCAGCCUUGGACUGGGAGGGCCAGGGCACAGAUGUCUGAAACUGGGCGUGGGUCACCUGCAAGAGGCAGCCCCAUCCAGCAUGGGUUGUGAGCAUGAAAAUCUCCUGAAAUAUCUUCUCAGUGUAUCCCUCAAGAUGCAUUUGUCUCACCAGUGAACAGGUCUGACGGGCACACUGAAAUCCCCCAAACCUGACAAAUGCAGCCAAAC